CCAAGAGACUCAUUGGCCACAAGCUUCUUUUAUUACACACACACAAACACACAGUCUCUCACACUAUACACUUUCUUUCACUUGUCUUUGGGGUCUGUGUCACUCAACCACAGGGUGCAUUUCCUCUGCUUCAACCCUGCAGCAUUAGCCGUUUUAUCACUGUUCUCUGGUGCUGAACAUGGCACAGAUUUUGGCACCCUCUACACAAUGGCAGAUGAGAAUCACAAAACCCUCACAAAAUGCAAGCCCAAUUACUUCAAAAAUGUGGAGUUCUUUAGUGUUGAGACCAAACAAGAAAGUUGGUGCUACCAGCUCUGCCAAAUUUAGAGUGAUGGCAAUCAAGUCCGAUAACAGCACAAUCAACAGGCUAGAGCAGCUACUUAAUUUGGAUGUAUCGCCAUACACUGACAAGAUCAUUGCUGAAUACAUUUGGAUUGGUGGAACAGGAAUCGAUGUGCGCAGUAAAUCAAGAACAAUUCCAAGGCCGGUUGAACAUCCUUCAGAGCUCCCUAAGUGGAACUAUGACGGAUCUAGCACUGGACAGGCACCUGGUGAAGACAGUGAAGUAAUCUUAUAUCCUCAAGCAAUUUUCAAAGAUCCUUUCCGUGGUGGUAACAAUAUUUUGGUAAUUUGCGAUUCCUACACACCACAAGGUGAGCCUAUCCCUACAAACAAGAGACAUAAAGCUGCCGAAAUUUUCAGUAACCCAAAGGUCCAAGCUGAAGUUCCAUGGUAUGGAAUAGAGCAAGAGUACACCUUACUUCAAACAAAUGUGAAAUGGCCUCUAGGUUGGCCUACUGGUGGCUACCCUGGCCCUCAGGGUCCAUAUUACUGUGGUGCUGGGGCUGACAAGUCAUUCGGACGCGAUAUAUCCGAUGCUCAUUACAAGGCUUGCUUAUAUGCCGGAAUUAACAUCAGUGGUACCAAUGGGGAAGUUAUGCCUGGACAGUGGGAGUACCAAGUUGGUCCUAGUGUUGGUAUUGAAGCUGGUGAUCAUAUCUGGUGUUCAAGGUACAUCCUUGAGAGGAUUACUGAACAAGCUGGCGUUGUUCUCUCUCUUGAUCCAAAACCAAUUGAGGGUGACUGGAAUGGUGCUGGUUGCCACACCAAUUACAGUACAAAGAGCAUGAGGGAAGAUGGAGGCUUCGAGGUGAUAAAGAAGGCGAUUUUGAAUCUAUCGCUUCGCCAUGUGGAUCACAUUAGCGCAUAUGGAGAAGGAAAUGAGAGAAGGUUGACAGGAAAGCAUGAAACAGCCAGCAUAGACACAUUCUCUUGGGGAGUCGCUAACCGUGGUUGCUCAAUCCGUGUGGGAAGAGACACAGAAAAGAAUGGCAAAGGUUACUUGGAAGACAGGCGCCCGGCUUCAAACAUGGAUCCAUAUGUUGUGACAGGAUUACUUGCAGAGACUACUCUCCUGUGGGAGCCAACUCUGGAGGCUGAAGCUCUUGCAGCUCAGAAGUUAGCAUUAAAGGUCUAAAUCUAUUCUGAUUGGUGGCAUUCUCGAUGGAGUCGACGCCCGGAAUCUCUUUUGCUUUCCUUUUAGAUUAUUUAUGGUUUUAAUGAACUAAAGAGGUCAUGAGUCUGGGUUAUUGCUUAUCAGAUGAAUGCACAUUGUAUAUUAAGAGUUUCAUUGGAUGCAUUUGUAUUCGGACAAGUUGCAUUAUGCUUGGUUAUGUUUCAGUGUUCUUUA